AUGGCGCACCCCCACACCCACCCGCGGCACUCCGUAGCCGUGGUGCUGCAGUGCUUGUCGGCGUACGCGCGCAGCGCCAAGCCGGCGCGCCUCGCGGCCCUGGUGCCGCCCCUGCCCCGGCCCGUGGUGGAGGUGCUGAGCGCCCUGGCCGACGCCGUGCUCAUGCUGGUGCUGGCCGUGUACUACGUGCUCGAGGCGGCCGUCUUCGAGCUGCUGCCCAGGAGGUUGACGUCGAAGAGCGUCGACGGCCAGGUGGUGCUGGUGACGGGCGCGGCCGGCGGCCUGGGCAGGCACUUGGCGGCGCGGUUCGCGCGGCUCGGCGCCACCAUCGUCGCGUGGGACGUCAACGAUGACGGCGUGGCGGAGACGGUGCGGCAGGUGCGCGCGGCGGGCGGCCUGGCGCGAGGCUACGUCGUGGACCUGGCCGACCGGCAGGCAGUGUACCGGACGGCGGCGCUGGUCAAGAGGGAGGUCGGCCCGGUCGACAUCCUGGUGAACAACGCGGGGGUGGCGUUCGGCAGGACCUUCAUGCACCUGACGGACCGCCAGAUCGAGACGACGUACAACGUCAACAUCCUGGCGCACUACUGGACCGCCAAGGCCUUCCUGCCCGAGAUGAUGCGCGCCAACCGCGGCCACAUCGUCACCGUGUCCAGCGUGACGGGGCUCAUGGGCUGCUACCGCUGCACCGACUACUCCGCCUCCAAGUUCGCCACCGUCGGCUUCCACGAAAGCCUCUUCACCGAGCUCAAGGUGCAGGGCUACGACGGCAUCCACACGACGCUGGUGUGCCCGUACUUCAUCGACACGGGCAUGUUCGCGGGAGUGAAGCCCAGGUUGAUGCCCAUGCUGGAGCCAGCGCGCGCCGCGGACGACAUCGUGGACGCCGUGAGGACGAACCAGGUGACGGUCACGCUGCCCGGCUCCAUCCGCUACCUGCUGCCGCUUAAGAGCCUGUUCCCGUCCAAGCUGAGCUGGGCCCUCAUGUACCGCAUGAUGCAGGGCCCGCAGGCCAUGAUGGGCAUGAAGCCGCGGCUGUGAGCGAGCCCCGGGGAAGGGAACCCAGGGAACCAAGGCAACCCCCUCCCCCAGAGAGUCGCCCUCAGGGCCGCAGGCCCCGCUUGCCCUUGCCCUGCCCGUCCCCGGAGCCCGGAGCCAAAGACUGCCGGAGGACUUGGAGAGCCGCGUCGCCGUCUUCGCCCCUACACUGCCCUGCACUCGCAAACCUUGCAACGCGCAGCGGCCGCUUUGUUCGACUCGCGAUUUGGCAGUGCCGUGGCGCCGUGGCUCGCCGCGCGCAUUGUUGCACACAGUGUGGUGUCGGCCCGGCCUCAUUGUCGCGCGAGAAAGCUUUUCGCCCCUCUUUUUGCGAGUGCCGCGUCCGACCAGGA